GACGCCAAAGCGUUCGGGCCUAUCUCGCUCUCUCACUCUCUCACGCUCAAGUGCGCGACGCUCUCGUUCCAGCAACUCCCCAUCUGAACGCGGAGAGAUCUGAGGCGCGUUAACAUGUGGCUGGCGGUAAAUCAGAAUGUGCGCAGCUCAAAGCAGCGACGCGAUGCGGCGGCGGCGGCGGCAACAAUUGCCGCAGCAGCAGCAGCAGCAGCAGCAGCAACAGAAGCAACAACAACAAAUACAACAAGCGCUGGUUUAGGCGAUGAGAGAACAGACUCAAGCACACAGCUGGUUGCACAAAUGAAAUGCGAUAGCUGCCAGCAUGUGCAACAAGCAGAGGACGCAGCAGCAGCUGGCGACGCAUGCAGCUGCAAAUGCAAGUGCAUACAUCAAUUGAAGCAUCAGCAGCGUGGCAGCAGCAGCAGCAGCAGCAGCAGCCGACUGUCGCUCAUCUAUAUAUAUUUGGGCGCAUUGACGCUAAUGCUGGCCACACUCGCUCUGCUCUUCUAUACGCACAGCCAGGCCAUGGAGCAGGCGGAGCAGCUGGCGACGCCUGCCGCUUUUCAUUUGCAGUUUAAACAAGAAUUGCGACACUCCGAGCCAAUGCUGCGUGCCAUGUUGCAACAGUGGCUGGCCAACGAGCAAUCGUUCAGCGAGCCCGCAGGCCCCCGCCCGCCCCAUCCCCAGCCCCAUAAUGAGCGCAAGUUCCAUGACAAUUACUUGACGCAUGUGCCCAGUGGCAAGCGCUCACGCAGCCGUCGGGAUAUUGCCUCCGAAACUCCAGGCACCAGCGCCAUGGUGCACGAUCCCUUAAUCGAGUUCUUCAAUCCGAAUCAUCGCAAGGUGCUGGACCAGGAAGACCUCGAAAUACGCAAGCGGACGGGCAUGAAGGGCGCUGCACCCGGCGGCGAUGAUUGGGUGUAUUUGAAUACCUAUUGCCGUGUGCCGGAGAAAAUCAUCACGGGCUUUUGCAAGGGCACGCAGGAGUAUUGCCCAGCAUCGCCGCAGGGCCCGCAGGGCAUUCCGGGCGACAAGGGACCGGUGGGCAAUCCGGGACUGCCGGGCAUACCGGGGCCCAAGGGCAAUCGAGGCGAUGUGGGAUUGCCGGGUGCGCCGGGAGUGGAUGGUGUCGGUUCGCCUGGGCAGGCGGGACCACGCGGUGCCAAAGGCGAUGCGGGCGCUGUUGGACGCUCGGGCCUGGACGGACGCGAUGGCGUGCCUGGUGAGCCGGGGCUCGAUGGCGUGCCGGGACGUGCGGGAGCCGAUGGCAAACAUGGAUCGGCGGGACGCGAUGGCAAGGAUGGGCUGCAUGGCAAAGAUGGCAAGGAUGGGCUGUCCAUAACGGGACCGAAAGGCGCCCAAGGACCGCCCGGAGAUCGUGGCCUCAAAGGCAUCGCUGGUCCACGCGGCCGCCCUGGCAAGCCCGGCACCAACGGCACACCCGGCAUACCCGGCAUUAACGCCUGGAAAAUGCAAUACCCCAACGGCAGCUCAUCCAAUGAUCUGCUCAUACCGCCCUCAAUCACAGAUCUAAAUGCGACCAGGCGUCGCCCACUCAUUGUCGAGGAGGGCAAAACAUUAAACAUGAGCUGCUCGGCCACAGGCAAUCCACAGCCACAAAUCGAAUGGCGACGCGACGAUGGACGCACCAUCAAUGUGAAUGGCAUUGAGAUGAGCAGCAUUAGCGGUCAGUUUCUACGCUUUACAAACAUCACACGACAUCAGAUGGCCGCCUAUACGUGUCAUGCGAACAAUGGCAUUGCACCUGUGGCAAAUGCCACAUUUCUGGUUGAAGUGCAUUUUUCGCCCAUGAUUUCGGUCUACAGGCAAAUGAUCUAUGCCGAACAUUCUAGCAGUGCGACGCUCGAAUGCCAAGUGGAAGCUUUUCCGGAGGCAAUACGCUAUUGGGAGCGUGCCUACGAUGGCAAGAUACUAGAUCAAAGCGAUAAAUAUCGCAUUGAAACCUAUUUGGAUGGCUUCAAGACAACUAUGCGCAUGACUAUAACAAAUUUACGCAAGGAAGACUUUGGCUACUAUCAUUGUGUGGCACGCAAUGAGCUGAAUGCUACGAUGGUUAACUUUGAAAUAGCGCCACAAGAUCCCAAUAGCGAAACACCCUAUGUGGGCAACAAUGUUAAAGUUUAUGGUCAACGUCCACCAGAGAGUGAAUGUCCUGUCUGCGAUCAGUGUCCAGAUCCUAGUCUUUAUCAAUGCAAGGACUCAAUACUUAACAAUUUUGAAAUACAACCCACUGGCAAUCGCAGUUAUCCAGGUCUGCCCAAGCGUGCGAAAACUUGUUAUCUUUAUGCUGUGGGCAAGCCUGUUUUUCAUAAAGUUGUUAAUGAAAAAUUUGGCUCUUGGAUGCGCGAUCCUGCGCCCAAGGAUAUUCAUCGCGAGAAAACCUUUGUUACCAACGAAAACGAUGGCUAUAAUCUAUUUGAGUUUACCACGCGCAUACAAUAUCGCAUGAACAGUGUGCCCAGACAUAAAUACGAAAUACUGGAAGGCUUUCAGGGCAAUGCUCAUGUCGUUUACAACAACUCGUUCUACUAUCAGCAAAAGAAUUCGGAUUUAAUUGUUAAGCUGGAUCUUAUGACGUCUAAAAAGAUAACUACGCAGCUGCCUUAUUCUGGCAUUAUGGCUGGCAAUCGUCUCUAUACCACCGAUCAUAACUAUAUGGACUUUAAUGUAGAUGAAGUUGGUCUUUGGGUUAUCUACAGCACUUCUGGCUCCAAUAAUACGCUUGUGGCUAAGCUCGAUGCGGAAACUUUGAAAAUGCAAUACAAUUUCAAUAUUACAUUGGAUCACAAGCAAUUUGGUGAAAUGUUCAUUGUCUGUGGCAAUUUGUAUGCAAUUGACUCGGUCACCGAUAAGAAUACACAAAUACGUUAUAUGGUUGAUCUCUACAAGGGCAAGCUGCUCAAUAUCAAUUUGCCAUUUUCGAAUCCAUUCAGCUACACCACAACCGUAGGCUAUAAUCCGCUGACAGUGGAGCUCUACUCCUGGGACAAAGGCAACGCACUGACAUAUCCCAUACGCUAUAACGAACACCGUUUGCCCAGCGAUAAUACUUAAUUCAUAUAAUUGUAAUCUACGUACUAAAUAAUAAAUGCUCAAGGCACAAAAGUUUUUUUUU